CAAGAACAAGCGCAGAAGCAGCAUCUGUGGAGAUCUGCCUACUUCCACCAAGAUGCAGCCGAGUUCGAGACGCCACGAAAGCCAUUCGUGACGCUGCCGACCCGAACGUGGCCCUGGCUGAUCCUGCCUGUUUUGUUUGUGCAAUCAACGUGCUGCCAGCCAGUGGUUAGUGCUGCUGCCGCCAUCGGCUACUGCCUGUGAGUGUGAGCCGCGAUGUCGAUAAAGCUUCGCGAGUUGAUCCGGAACAUCCGCGCGUGUAAGACAGCAGCUGAGGAGCGUGCAGUCAUUGCCAAGGAAUGCGCUGAGAUCAGGACGGCAUUCAAGGUAAACCAGACAGACAGACAGACAGACAGACAGACGGGCUUGUGCUGGCUGCUGGCAUGUGUCUGUGUCUGUUUGGUUUGGUGUGGUGUGUUAUCUGUGUUUCUUCCCCCUCCUGCCUGCCUGUCUGUCUGUCUGUCUGCCUUGUUGAUUACAGGAGGAGGACAAUCACUAUCGGCACCGCAAUGUCGCCAAGCUGCUCUUCAUUCACAUGCUCGGGUCAGUCAGUCGGCGGAAGGGUGCGCUGGCUGGGCUGGGAUGCACUCGUGACUCUCUGUCUGCCUACCCUGCCCUGCCCUGCCCCACUGUCUGUCUGUCUGUCUGUCUGUUGUGUCUGUGUGUGUGCGCGUUGAUGCUGCAGGUACCCGACUCACUUCGGCCAGAUGGAGUGUCUGAAGCUGAUAGCGUCCACCAAGUUUGCCGAGAAGCGCGUAGGCUACCUGGGCCUCACUCAGCUGCUGGACGAGAACACGGAGGUCCUCAUGCUCGUCACCAACUCGGUCAAGAACGACCUCAACCACCCGGUAGGUGUGUGCAGCCAGUUGACCAGCCCCCCACCCACUUGAUUGAUUUGACCCAAAUGAACCAGCAGGUCUUUCUGUUCUGUGGUCCUGUCUGUCACUGCUGUUAAACUGUGCAGAAUCAGUACGUCAAUGGGCUGGCCCUCUGUGCGCUGGGCAACAUAGGCAACCCCGAGAUGUGCAGGUGCGUGUGCAGCCAGCCAGGCAGGAAGCCGACCCAGCGAGAGAGAUUCCAGCCCGCCUGUUGUUAAUCUGUUUGUCUGCUUGUGGUCAUUCCAUCACUUAGGGCGUUGGCUCGUGAGGUAGAGAAUUUGAUGGGCGUGUCCAACCCCUACAUCCGCAAGAAGGCCGCCCUGUGUGCCAUGCGGAUGAUCCGCAAGGUCGAGGAGAUCGAAGACAAAUUCAACCACAAAAUCCCCACACUCCUCGAAGACAGAAACCACGGUCGGCCCACACACACACACACACACACACACCGCACAGGGAGGGAGGGAAGGAACAGAGAGGCAGCGAGCGGCAUGUGGUUGUGUGUCUGUAUGUCUGUAUGUGUCAGCUGUGUUGCUGUCUGGGUGUGCGCUGCUGAUCACGGUGUUGGAGAUCAACCCAUCGGCACUCUCGGAGUUCAGGCGAUACGUACCCACACUGGUAAGUAGCCUGCCUAGACACACACACAACACACACACACACACACUGACCAAUGAAUGCGUGUGUGUGUGUGUGUCUUAGAUCCGUGCGUUGAAGAACAUGUCCAUGUCUGGCUACGCCAACGCGUCCGAGUACGACAUCGCCGGCAUCACUGACCCGUUCCUCCAAGUCAAGAUCCUACGAGUCCUCAAACUACUCGGACACGUAACCACACACACAGGCAGGCAGCCGAUAGCCAACACACACACAAGGAUACAUGGCGUGUCUGUGUGUUGUGUUGUGUGUGCCCCUGAUCAGGGGUCCGUUGACGUGAGCGACGAGAUGAACGACAUCUUGGCUCAGGUGGCGACCAACACUGAGGGCGCCAAGAACGCCGGCAACGCCAUCCUCUACGAGUGCGUCCAGACCAUCAUGAACAUCGAAGCAGAAAGCGGACUUAGAGUGCUGGGUCAGGCAGUCAGUCAGUCAGUCAGUCAGCCAGGCAGUCAGUCACAACACCCCACCCCACCCCACCCCCCAGCACACACACACCCCUAAGAUGUCCCCCAAAAUGUCUGUCUGUCUGUCCCUCUGUCAGGAGUGAACAUCUUGGGUCGUUUCCUGAUGAAUCGGGACAACAACAUUCGCUACGUGGCGCUGACGACGCUGCAGCACGUGGUGACGGUCGACAUGAAGGCCGUCCAGAGACACCGAUCCACCAUCGUCGACUGCCUUAAGGCCAGUACUCUCACCAACCACACCACAUACACCACACCACCAGCGUGUGAUGUGUCGUGUGUUGUGUGUCGUGUGUUGUGUGUGUAGGAUCCUGACGUGUCGAUUCGGAAGCGCGCCCUCGACGUCACCUACGCACUCAUCAACGAGGAGAAUAUCAAGGUGCGCAAGCCAAGGCGAGAGCAGCCACCCAGACAGACAGACAGCAUCGUGGCAUUGUCGUGGCUGGCUGGUACAGACGAUGACCAAGGAGCUGCUGAAUUUUUUGCUUAUGGCCGGGCCCGAGUUCAAAGAGGAUCUGGUCACAAAGGUAGGUUCGUCACCGCCACACAGACAGGCACCACACCACAGCCUCGGCCGUCCAGUCAGCCCAGCCACACACACCCGUCCCGCCUUGGUGGUGUGGUACUGCCUGCCACGCAGAUAUGUCUAGCAGUGGAUCGGUUCGCACCCAACCGGAGAUGGCAGAUUGACACCCUCAUCAAGGUGGGUUGGGUCGGGUACCCAUGACCAUCCCAUCUCUGAGACAGUAUGGGUGCAUUGUGUUGUGUUGCCUUGGGAUGCGUCGCGUUUGGUGCGGUGCAGGUGAUGUGUCUGGCGGGCAACUUCGUGCAGACCCAAAUACGAGACAACUUCAUAUACGUGGUACACACACAUGGUCGACACACACACGCGUCCCACUCUCGAGCGAAUCGCAUCCACAUCAUUCCUCUCUGUCUCUCUCCGUGUCGUGUGUGUGUCACCCACCCAUGUGUGUGUGUCGACCAUGCCAUGACCAUGCCAUGCGUGUGUGUAGGUGAUGGCCACCCCCGAGCUGCACACCUACACCGUCCACAAACUCUUCUUCUCUGUCAAAGAAAACCAAACACAAGUAACCAUCCACACACACAGCCACACCGCACACAACGCACACGCCCCCAAGCUCGUUUGUUCUUCGCUUGAGCAGGAGACGCUCAUCCAGGUGGGCAUAUGGUGUCUGGGGGAGUUCGGCGACCUCCUCGUGUCGGGCAGCGCCGUCGGCCCCGACCAGCAGCCCAUCAAGGUGUCCCCGUCAGAGGUGCUCGACCUGAUCGAAACCAUUGACAGGCGACCAACCGAACAGACCAUCGGCGCAUCCGUCAUGGGCAAGACCGCUGCUGCUGGGGCUGCUGGGAGUAGCGGCGGUGGGGCGAACAGUGCAGGUGGUGGUGGCAGUGGUGUGGGUGGUGUUGGGAGUGCGGUGCAGAGCGCCAACAGUGCGUUGGUGACGCAGGAGUACAUCAUCACCACACUCAUGAAACUCACCACACGAUUCCCAAACGGUCAGUCAGUCUGUCGGUAAAGGGGGGGGGACACGGAUUGGAUUAUCGCAUUCAUUGGUGCGUCUGGUGUGUGUGUGUGUUGUGUUGUGUUUUGUUGUGUGUCAGAGGUGCCGCGCAUCCGCGGUCUGUUAGAGAAGUAUUCGGCGAGCAUGUCGCUGGAGAUACAGCAGCGGGCCUGCGAAUACGAGCAGCUUCUCGGCAACACAUGGGACAAACUCAGGUAUGCCCUGCACACAGAUCACAUGCCACAGCUGAGCUACGGAUGUGAUGUGUUGCCGUGUGUAUGUGUGUUAGGGAGGGCAUAUUGGAUCGCAUGCCCGCGUCAGAGAGAGCCAAGACCCUCACCACCGACAGACCCUCAGGUCAGGAAGCAGCCACACAACCCAACCCAAAUCCCGCCCAACAUACUCCACUCCACUCUGUCUGUCUGUCUGUCUGUGUGUCAGGUGAUGCGUCGAUCGACGAGGUGCCGACGACUGCCAACCACCACCCCAAGGGCGGCGAUCUCCUCGACCUCAACGACCUGCUCGACCUUGACACAAGGCCUGCACCCCCUGGGGGUGCCGUGCUCAACAGCCACCCUGCGACACAGACCAGCCCACACAAGCCAUCCACCGGUGAGAGAGAAGAUCGAAAUCCAGCAAGGCUGGCUGCAAAGGCAGCAGGCACCUGUGUGUGAUGUGUGUGUGUGUGUAGGUGGUGGUGAUUUGUUGGAUUUGCUGGGUGGCCUGGGGGGCGAGCUGGCGCCAUCGGCUGGUGCUCCGGCGCCCACGGCAGCAUCAGGUGGGCGAGAUCCGGAAGGGAAAGAGUUGGAAUGAGAAUGGAUGUGUGGAUGAUUUGGUUGGUUGACUGCUGUCAGGUUUGGACGCGUUGGCGGAUUUGAACUUGGGCGGACCCACUUUAAACUCCCACCCCCCACCAGCCGCCGCUGCCGCUACUGCUGCUGCUGCUGAUGCGGCACGACCACCAUCGACAGGAGGGGUAGGCCACGCAGACAGACAGACAACCCCACCAAGUAUCAAGACACACAACCGGCUCGCAUGUGUGUAUGCGUUUCUUUCAUCCCCAUCGUGUGCAGGACAUCCUGGACAUCUUCGGUGGCACCCCCUCCCCGGCCUCUCCACCCACCGCCCCGCCCGCCGGCGGCAAAUCCUUCCCGCCAUUCACCGCCUUCGACAAGAACGGACUGCAGAUCACAUUCACAUGCAAACAGGUACCUACCACCACACACAGACACAGACGUGCAGUGGUCAAGGGAGAUGACGUGUGUGUGCAGGAUGGGAGCGAUCCGAAGCGUUCGACGGUGGAGGCGAGUUUCGUCAACACCUCCACCGACGCCAUGAGCGCAUUCGUCUUUGAGGUGACAACACACCCCAUACAAUCAUCUCAUUCAUUCAUUCAUUCUUGUGAAAACCCUCCCUGCCCUGCAGGCAGCUGUGCCCAAGUAUGUGACGCUAUCGAUGGACCCCGCAAGUGCGUCUGUGGUGGAGCCGUUCGGGCUGACCCCCACCACCCAGAGGAUAUCCCUAGUCAACAGCGCCCAGGGGGAGAAGCCCAUCAUGAUGAAGAUACGCAUCUCCUACACACACAAGGAUCAGCAGGUCACACACCGAGGGAGGGAGGGAGGGACAGGAGCUCGAUUGUUCGUGUCUGUUGAUGGCGCAUUGAUGUGUGUGUGAGAGUAUGUGCAGGUGCAGGAGUUUGGUCAGGUGUCGGACUUCCCGAAGGAGCUGUGACUGACGCGACCUGAGGUGUCAUGCGAGGGGCAGCGUGUAGACCUGACGAGCAGAGCAUGCGUGAGAGUAUUUGUCUGAGUAGGGGUGCCGAUGCGAUGCGAUGCUAUGAGACGAGAUGGAUGGGACAAGAUGAGAGCCGUAUGUGCGCGUGUGAGUGUGUGAGUCGGUGUGUCGUCUUUGGUGCUCCAUAAUUGAUUGACAUAUAUGCUACGAUUGAGCUCUCUCUCCGGCCUGCCUGCCUCCCUGCCUGCCUGUGCAUGGAUGCCCACAAUCUGUCCGUCUGUCUGUCUGUCUGUCUCGUGUGCGGUGCAUGCCUCUCUCUGUCUGAGUGAUGCGACUUGCCUCGCGUCCAUCCUUCCUUGUUCGGUCAAAGAAGGUUUUAAUCCACACUUAAC